CGCCAUAUUUUCAUCCCGUGGAGCUGCAGCCCGGUUUACUGCUGGAGUGGAGCAGGAAAAGCUCUCAGCUUUUAGUUUUUAGUGUAAAAACCUUCUGAUUGUUCACAGGUUGAAGACUAAAAGGAUUGUGCAACAUGAACAUCUUCAGGCUGACAGGAGACCUCUCUCACCUGGCUGCUAUCAUCAUCCUGCUGCUCAAAAUAUGGAAAAGCAGGUCAUGUGCAGGUAUCUCUGGGAAGAGCCAAAUCCUGUUUGCUAUCGUGUUCACCACGCGCUACCUGGACCUGCUCAGCUCCUUCAUCUCCCUCUACAACACCUGCAUGAAGAUGAUCUACAUCGGCUGUGCGUACGCCACCGUCUACCUGAUCUACAUGAAGUUCAGAGCCACCUACGAUGGAAACCACGACAGCUUCAGAGUGGAGUUCCUGGUGGUUCCUGUCGGGGGUCUCGCUGUUCUCAUCAACCACAACUUCUCUCUGCUGGAGAUCCUGUGGACGUUCUCCAUCUACCUGGAGUCGGUGGCCAUCCUGCCUCAGCUCUUCAUGAUCAGUAAGACGGGCGAGGCGGAGACCAUCACCACCCACUACCUGUUCUGUCUGGGCAUGUACCGCGCCCUCUACCUCCUCAACUGGAUCUGGCGUUACUACUUCGAAGGCUUCUUAGACCUGAUCGCCAUCGUGGCCGGUUUGGUCCAGACCGUCCUCUACUGUGACUUCUUCUACCUUUACGUCACAAAAGUGUUGAAAGGCAAGAAACUGAGCCUGCCGGCGUAAAAACCCAGCCAGAAGGAGCCUCCCAGCAGACUCAGGAGUUUGUGGGAACAUGAUAUCUCAUGACCUGCAGCAGAAGAUGCCUGAGACAGAGAGCCAACUAUCGGGGAAAAACACUAGUCUUCUUCUUUAGGAUUGCUGAUGGAACUGGUAAACGCCAACAAACACCAGAGCUGAACAAUAAAUACCAGGUCAACCUUUGGAUUUCUGUGUUCAGCAUCUUGCCUUAAACGUCUUUUUUCAUUGCUGUUCAAAUAGGAGAAAAGGCUCUUCUUUUUUUUUUUCUACAUGUGAGGUGUAUACGCUUGUUUUUUAAUUUUUUUUUAUUUUAUAAUGUCACAAAUAUGGUCGACUCUGAAAAAAGUACCUUGUUUGACUUGAUGAAUUAUACAAAAUGUACAGUCUUAUUAAAGAGUGAGAUAAAGAUGUAA